AUGAAGGCUGUAUUCAUUUUUGCACUUAUCAUAUGCAUUAAUGCAUAUCCAUAUUUUGGAGUUUCUGCUGUUGAAAAGGAAAUCGCUGAGCAAAAAGUUUCAAUGAUUGAUUCCCGUAUUGAGAAUUUAGAAGAUAUUAGAAGAAGACUUUUAGAUGCUCUUGAUGCUACUUAUGAAGAUAUGUUCAAUGCUGGAUGUACAAAGGCAAAAGCUCAAUUAAAAAAAGUAGUCCAGGAAUUAAGAAAAAAAAUUGUUCGUGUUGAUUCAAAAAUCAGUUCAACAAAAAGUUUAUUAACUAAAGUCCUUUCUGGUUUGAAUCCAAGAGCAAGAAAUUCUGUUAUUAGACAUUGCAAAGUUGAAAGACGUUUCGCUAAAAGACUUUUGUAA